ACCGCAAUCAACCGGGUAGAUUUGCAACUCAUUAUCAUUUCAAAGUUCACAGCAAACGAUAACAACACAGAAGCAAUACCUUUACGCGUACGAGACUACAAGCAAUUUAGAGGCGCUUGAAGUACACCUCACAAUGCUGCGAACAUUGGCCGGUCAGUCGUCAGCAACCAUAAUGAGUGCAAGAAAUUUGUGCAGCAAAGCAGCGAGCUCUCGCCUGCAGGGAAAGGUAGCAGUCGUGACUGCCUCGACAGACGGAAUCGGAUACGCAAUCGCCGAACGGCUUGGUCAAGAAGGUGCCAAAGUUGUGGUUAGCAGCCGAAAGGAACAGAAUGUGGCUAAAGCUGUCGAGCAGCUUACCAAAGCUGGACUGCAGGUGACGGGCAUCAAGUGCCAUGUAGCCAACGCUGAGGACCGAAAGGCAUUGUUUAAAAAAGCCGUAGAAAAGUACGGCGGAGUUGACAUUCUGGUUUCGAAUGCCGCCGUAAAUCCGGAGGUGGGUGCCGUGCUGGAUGCCAGCGAGUCUGCGUGGGAUAAAAUUUUCGAGGUGAACGUGAAAUGUGCAUUUCUGUUGGCCAAAGAAGCACUGCCGUACAUUCGCCAGCGAAAGGGCGGAAGCAUCGUGUUUGUAUCUUCCAUCGCCGGGUUUCAGCCGUUCUCCCUGUUGGGUGCUUAUUCGGUGAGCAAAACGGCUCUACUCGGUUUGACGAAGGCUGCCAGCCAAGAUUUGGCAAGCGAGAACAUUCGAGUGAAUUGUAUUGCACCAGGAAUCAUAAGAACUAAAUUUUCCGCAGCACUUCAUGAAUCACAAAGUGCUCAAGAAGCAGCGCUGGCCACUAUUCCGAUGAAAAGAUUUGGAGAAUCUAAAGAGAUUGCAGGGGUUUGCGCAUUUUUGGUAUCAGACGAUGCGAGCUAUAUAACCGGAGAAACAAUCAUUGCUUCUGGUGGAAUGCCAUCCAGACUUUAAAUGAAAUGUAGUGAAUUAGAAAUGUUAUUCCUGGGGAACUUUCAGAUAUUAGGUUGAGAAAAAUCUUGUUGAAUUUUCAAAAUAUUUAAUCAUAAACUGGCAAAAACAAUAAAUCUAUUAUCCUACCAUAGUUCGUUUUC